UGCUGGUGACAGCAAAAAUGACCCACCAAUGGAAGCUGCUGGCUUCACUGCUCAGGUGAUUAUCCUGAACCACCCAGGCCAAAUUAGUGCUGGCUAUGCUCCUGUACUAGAUUGUCACACAGCUCACAUAGCAUGCAAGUUUGCUGAGCUUAAAGAAAAGAUUGAUCGUCGUUCUGGCAAGAAGCUGGAAGAUGGCCCGAAAUUCUUGAAGUCUGGUGAUGCAGCCAUUGUUGAUAUGGUUCCCGGGAAGCCCAUGUGUGUCGAGAGCUUCUCUGACUAUCCUCCACUGGGUCGUUUUGCUGUUCGUGACAUGAGGCAGACAGUUGCUGUGGGUGUCAUCAAAGCUGUGGACAAGAAGGCUGCUGGAGCUGGCAAGGUCACCAAGUCUGCCCAGAAAGCUCAGAAGGCUAAAUGAAUAUUAUCCCUAACACCUGCCACCCCAGUCUUAAUCAGUGGUGGAAGAACGGUCUCAGAACUGUUUGUCUCAAUUGGCCAUUUAAGUUUAAUAA